AGAUUGACCAUUGGGACAAUUUUCACGCAAAAUCUCUCCCUUAAAAUCUUUUUUCUCUCUCCUCAUAAUUAUCUCUUUCACAACCUCACCAGAUUUAUUAAUUUUAUUUUAUAUUAUUCUUUUUCCCAAAGUGUCCCGGUCUCUCUAUAUUUUCCCUUUCUUAUCAGAAAAUUUCCAGGAAAAUCGACGCACACCGAGAAAAAUAACCUCAUGAAGGCUCCCAAGAGACCGAUCCACGCAGUUUCCACAUGGGUCAGGCGACAGCCCCCCAAAGUGAAGGCCUUUUUGGCUGUGAUUUCGGGUAUGACGGCUCUGGUUUUGCUCCGAUUUAUCGUUCACGAUCACGAUAACCUUUUUGUCGCUGCGGAGGCUGUGCACUCCAUUGGGAUUUCUGUGCUUAUCUAUAAGCUUAUGAAGGAGAAGACUUGUGCUGGGUUAUCACUGAAAUCUCAGGAACUGACAGCGAUCUUUUUAGCUGUUAGAUUGUACUGUAGUUUUGUUAUGGAAUAUGAUAUACACACCCUACUUGAUCUAGCAACCCUGGGAACAACCCUGUGGGUUAUUUUCAUGAUCCGUUUUAAAUUGAAGUCUAGUUACAUGGAGGAUAAAGACAACUUUGCAAUUUAUUAUGUGGUGGUGCCCUGUGCUGUGUUAGCUUUGCUCAUUCACCCAUCAACCUCUCAUCAUCUGUUGAACAGGAUUUUCUGGGCUUUCUGUGUGUAUCUUGAAGCUGUUUCAGUGUUACCACAGUUGCGGGUCAUGCAGAACACAAAGAUUGUUGAACCAUUCACGGCUCAUUAUGUAUUUGCACUGGGUAUCGCGAGGUUUCUCAGCUGUGCCCAUUGGGUUCUCCAGGUUCUAGAUACUCGAGGCCAGUUGCUUGUAGCUCUAGGAUAUGGACUAUGGCCCUCGAUGGUUCUUAUCUCAGAAAUUGUUCAAACUUUCAUCUUGGCCGACUUCUGUUAUUACUAUGUUAAGAGCGUUUUUGGAGGGCAGCUUGUUCUCCGACUCCCAUCAGGAGUGGUGUAAACUGAGGUCUCGCCGAGCAAACACCUUGGCCCCCAUAAUUAACUUAAUUAGGCAUGUUGUUGCUUGUACCCCUUUUUGCACUCAACACGGGCCUAGUUCUCUCUCAUCUUAUCUUGGUCGAAAUUGAAGUGGGAUGUUUUGAAGUUGGGGAUUUGAAUUUGAUAUUUAUAUAUAUCGAACAUGAUUCACACAGUUAAUUUUACUUGCGUCGGUUCCAUUAUUCCGCACCAAGAUUAUUUUGGACAUUUUGUAGUCUCUACUUUAGAGGAUAUUGCUUAAAUCACUAAUUAGAUUAUUAACAGUA